AUGACAUCAAGUGCAGUUGUUGAUACAGAAUUAUCUGUUGAUCCAGUAGAACAACCUGAGAAACUUUCUGAAAUAUCGACAUUAAAUUCUGAUGGUGUAAAUGUCGAUAAUGAAGAUGAAGAAUUAUUAGCAACUGAUCGAUUUCAACAACGUCUUGAACGUUUUGGAACAAUAGCACCUGAAGCAAAGAAAAUUUCACGUGCAUUACGUUUUGGUACACUACAUGAACCCAUUGAUGAUGACACUAAAAAACGACGUUUAGAAAGAUUUGGUACUUUGCCUGCUGCAACCGAAAAUGAACAAGAAAAGAAACGUCAACGAGGUGAACGUUUUCAUGUAAAUAAUCCAACAGUAACAAUUGAUGAAGAAACAAAACAAAAACGUAUCGAUCGUUUUGGUGUUGUUACACCACCGACAACUGCAUCGACAAAAGAUAAAAUCGAUAAAAUAUCUUUACCAACAACUCAAGUCUUAUCGGAUGCGAUUAAAAAACGAGCUGAACGCUUCGGUGAAAUAUCUGAUGUUGCUGAAGCAAAUACAUUGAAUGACCAAAAAGCAAAACGUGCUGAACGAUUCAAGCCAAUAACAAGUGUUUGA